AUGGCACAAACCCCCGCACCGUCCAAUGUCACGAUAUCCCUCCUCCCGGUCUCCCUCUCUCUCGUGCACAUCCCCCGCUCUCGUCUACCACAACUGACUCACCCUAUUCUCAGGCAGAUAUUGCAACCCAAUACAACCUUCUUCAAUGUCACCUGCAACGAAAUAGAGCUUACCCUCUUCGCGGAGCACCACAACCUUGCAGACCUGGACCUCAUAGCCAGACAGGACCGCCAAUUACACCGGUCUCGCUCAGGCUCAGGCUCCAGUAGAAAACGUGCUCUGUCUGAUGGCGACAGAGUCGAGAUAACAUGCGAAAACUGGAAUGUACUCCAGAUUGACUCACACUCAGACCAACUCGACAACUCAGGAGCCCGUGUCCACGAGUUGUCUGCGCCUCUGGCAGCCGCAGGCAUCUCCAUUCUUUACCAGUCUUCUUACAGAAGCGAUUUCAUUUUUGUAAAAGAAUCCAGACUCCACCAAGUUCUUUCUCUACUUAGGGCUGCUGGAUUCGACCUGUAUUCUUCCGAUGCAGAGCCCUUUCCACCCAUUGCGUCCCCCCUUGCCUCCCCUCCGACACCAUAUGAAAUGCUCUCCCACGAGUUGGGCCACGAGGUCAGCCUCGAGUCAGGGGCCGUCUUAACAAGAUCCGUGGAUACGUUUGUAGACGCACUUUCAGCAUCCCAGAAGCUAAACAGUGCUGUGGAACAACAGAAACAGACCACGUCCCCUCAAGCGGCGCGCUCAAAAUCACGUUCCCCUUCACCCACCGACGUGUCCAUUCUGUCCACAGACCUUGCGUGUGUUGGUCUGUCUGACGAAAACAUGGACAAUUGGGCACUCAAAAUAGUAAAACUGGUCGCUUUUUCAGAUUUGAUACCCCUGAGCUCGAGCUCUCACCUACGGCAUCGAGAUGCCUUCAAGGAAAAGGCCCGAAAUCGCGCAGGUUCACACUCAACAGAAACAACUGCAACUUCUUCCAGUGACGAAGCUGACGAUGGUUACGUCUCGCAUUCACCCAUCGGAAACGAACCCUUCUUGUCUUCGCCAGCCUCUCAUUCAUAUCCCGAUCUUUCCCAGACUAUCCAGUCCUCGUCGCAUGCCUUGAAACGGACUUCAAAAUGUCUAGCACCCUUGUCCUCGAAACCGUCCUCACCUUUCGCGAAACAGUGCUUUAACACGAUCCGGCAGCCGGUGACUGUUCCCUUCUUCAGCUUCACGCGAACCUCUGAAGGGUUCUUGCCGCACUAUUUCCCUCCAAGCGAAAGGCAUAUGUUAAGUUGUGCUGGGGAACUCGAGGCUCUGGCUGACAGCCCUUCACUUCCUUCAGGCGGUGAUUGGGAGGAGAGUGACGAGAGGAUUGAAGGCGGUACACUGAAGUGCCUGCAGAUCGAUCUGCGCCGGUUUGGUUUGGACAAGCACGGUUUGGUCAACCGGUACUCGCGGGUCUUAGAGCAAAACGGAAUCAAUCACAUGUAUAGCUCUACGUACAAAACUGCCAAUCUGCUGGUUGCAAAAGUACAUGCUAGCCGGGCGCAUGACCUGCUACAGUCAUGUUGA